AUGAAUAAUACAAAUGAUCAAAAAGAUGAAGAUUUGAAAGAAAAAAGCUUAGAGAUUAAGAAAAAGAAAGAAUUGUUAAAAGAUGAUUUAGUUAAAUAUAAAUUAGAGAUUGAAUCAGAGUUUAAAAAAUAUACACAAGAGUUUGAAAGAAGAAAACAAGAACUGAUCAACUUAAAACAAAAUAUACAAAAUAGUAGAUCUACUCACUCAUCAAAUGAAAAUAAUAACAACAACAAUAAUAUCAAUAACAACAACAACAACAACAACAACAACAAUCUUGAUAAUUUAGUGUUACUUAAAGAUAUAUCGACAAUUAAUUCAAAUUUAUUAGAGAAUGAUAAACAAUUUAUAGAUAAUGUAAAUAAAAUAGAUAAUAAACACCUACAACUAAUAAAACAACAAAAAGAAGAAGAAGAAGAUGUAAAAGAAGAUGUUAAAGAACAAUUAAAUAAACUGUGA